UGUCCUGUUAAUUAUGUGAUAAUGUAAAAUAUUGGAAUAUUAACAAACCUUAAGCCGGCCUAAUUGAUCUUUACGCCGCCGGUGACGGAUUUUCUGUAAAAGUAGUCGUCUUUCCCACCUAUACCUGGCCGCCACGUGUCCUACUCCUCGGCACCCUAAGACCGACGCCGUUACACCAUCCUCUGUUUCUUCCGUCCACCGAUAAAUUGUCCAAAAAAUAAAACUUUUACCCAAAACUAAACUCAAUUACUAACCAAACAGUCCCUCCCCUCAUUAUAUACCGCCGGUCAACCGAAACCCUAACCAAAAAUUCCUUCUUCAUCAUCUUCUCACUCAACUCUCGGAUCGGCGGCGCACCGGAAUCGGUUAAAGUUUAUGGAGAACGACGAAGAAACUCAGUCCGGUGGUUCUGGAUCUCCGGAAUCACCACGAUCUAACGGGAGGAUAACGGUGACGGUAGCAUCAGCGCCUCCUCAGAACACCUUGACGUUGGCUCUACCGAUACAGCAAUCGAGACCUGCUGGAGCGUCUGGCGGCGGUGGAGGUAGUGGUGGUGGAAGGGAGGAUUGUUGGAGUGAAGAGGCUACGGCUGUACUGAUCGAGGCUUGGGGUGAGCGUUACAUGGAAUUGAGUAGAGGUAAUUUGAAGCAGAAGCACUGGAAAGAUGUUGCUGACAUUGUUAGCAGUCGGGAGGAUUAUAGAAAAACGCCUAAAACUGAUAUUCAGUGCAAAAAUCGAAUUGAUACUGUAAAGAAGAAAUACAAGCUGGAGAAAUCUAAGAUCGCUGCGGGUCAAGGACCAAGCAAGUGGCCUUUCUUUGAUAAGCUCGAUAUGUUGAUAGGUCCGACGGCUAAGAUCAAUCCUACCGUCGCUGCCGGACCGUCUAAUUUGUAUUCAGGUAACCAACAUGUGCCUAUGGGUAUUCCUAUGGGAGUCAGGUCCCUUCCUCAGCUCCGACAACAUCAACAACUGCAGAAACAAAAGCAACCGUCCCGGAAAAGGCCUCACAUGGAUUCAGACACAUCGGAAUCGGAGUCUGAACCGGACCUUUCACCUGCUUCAACCGACAGCUUUCCUCCAGGCACAUUUCAAAAAAAGAGACCAAGGUUUCAGAAGGAAAUGCUGAAUUCAAGCGCAUUAAGGCAGGGAGGAAUUGGAGAAGCUAGUGGAAACAAGAAUUGGGGGAAUUCAGUGAGGGAGUUGACACAGGCAAUACUAAAAUUUGGGGAAGCAUAUGAACAAACAGAGACCGCGAAACUGCAUCAAAUGGUGGAGAUGGAGAAGCAGAGAAUGAAAUUUGCGAAAGAUAUGGAAUUGCAGAGAAUGCAGUUCUUCAUGAAUACACAAUUGGAAAUUGCACAGCUUAAGCACAGGAGAAGUGAAAACAGCAACCAUCACAGCAACAACCAUGCCGCCGCCGCCAGCAACCAUAACAACAACAACAACAACAGUGAUAACAGUAUUUAAGGUGUAAUAAAGAUCCAUGAGGCUCAGUAUCUGACAGAGGAAAAUUGCGUGGAAGGUUUUCUGCUAUUCAAGUCAACUGUGAGGAGGAGUUGUUGCAGUAACAUAGCAAAGUUAAGGAGUUGAAGAUGUGACACCUAAACUAAGUCGAAGAAGAAGUUCGAGUAGGAGUUGGGUUAAAGAAGUUUUUCUUUUUGCGGCAAAGACAAAUAAGAAAAAGAUUCCAAAUUCAAGUUGAGUUUAAAGAAGUCAAGUUCAAGUUGAAGAUGUGGCAAAAGUUAAGUUCAAGUUGAACAAGGAGUUGAAGAAAACUGAAUACAAGUUCGAGUUGAACUAGGAGUACCACACAAAGUAGGAAUCCUACGCGAGAGCUUCUAAGUUUCAAGAAAAAAGGAAGCAGAUCGCAAGUAAGAUUUCUAGUUGAAAUAGGUUUCGGAUUCAAGUCCAAAUCUAUAAAUAGGGCGAUAGUUUCGCUUGAGAAAAUUGCGCACUUACAUAGAGAAGAUCAAAACUCGAUCAAGAGGUUUGAGAGUUACUUGGGAGUGUUGCCAAUUUGUGAUGAAAAAGUUGUAAGAUUGUAAUUAAGAGUUUUGAUUACAAUUGAGUGUGUGUGUAGGAUACGUCUAACAAGUUUGAGAAACUUGACGGAUGAUAGAAGACUUCAACCUGUGUUUUUUUUUUUGUCUUGGAUAGUUAGGAAUUAGAGUUUAUAAUUUCUUAGCUAGGAAUUAGAGUUUGUAAUUCUUUAGGUUAGAUAGGUUUGUAAUCUUUUGUUGAGACUCAGAGUUUAAUAAAGUGAA